AUUAAGCUAAUCCCUAAUUCGGUUUUAUUAUUACAUUUUCUAUUUAAAAUAAUUUUUAGCUAUUACCUUUCGGUAAAACAUCGAUAGUGUAAUUGUAGUUUAUUCUACCAUCUCUAGUGACUUUGAACGUGGCAUUAAGUAGAUAACAAGCAUCACCCUGGAGGGAAAUCAUGGCAUAUCAAUGGGCAAUCGUGUCAGAAUUGUCGUGGUCGGUGAUUCAGGCGUGGGUAAGACCUGCCUGACGCACCUGAUCGCGCACAAUGAGUCCCUGAUACGACCGGGCUGGACAGUGGGCUGCAACAUACAGGUGAAGAUCCACGAGUUCAGGGAAGGCACCAUCCGGCAAUGUCCGUACUUUGUGGAGCUUUUUGAUAUUGGCGGCUCUUUGAGCCACAAGAACACCCGUAGCGUCUUCUAUUCUGGCAUACAUGGCAUCAUCCUGGUUCACGAUCUCACCAAUGCCAAGUCGCAGGAACAGUUGAUCGAUUGGCUCUACGAGAUCGUCAACAAGGAGGGCAAGGAUACGUACAAGGCGCGCGGUCCCUCCCUGCCAUCAUCGCCCACGCCCAUGGCCGUUUUCUCACCCUCGGCCACAUCCAUUGCCUCUGCCUCCAUCUCUGCGUCCGCUUCUUCGUCCGGUGCCUGUAUCGGCACGUCAGAUUCCCACAUUCGCUUGGAUCUGGAGGAGUUCCUUGGGGCCACACAGACACCGAUUCUGGUCAUGGGUACCAAACUGGAUCUAAUCGAUGAGAAGCGCCAUCCCAAAACGUCCGUAAAAAAGGUGGGCGGCAUAGCCGACAAAUGUGGUGCUGAGGAAAUCUGGCUGAACUGUCGGGACACAAGGAGUCUGGCUGCGGGCACCACCGGCUCUGUAAAGCUCUCCCGUUUCUUCGAUUGUGUCAUCGAGAAACGCGAGUCUCUUAGCUCUUCCAGUUCCACAACGAAUAUUUACGGCAGCGGCUUCAACGCCUCCUCUCCACCAGACCGAAGACGCCCGACUGCCAGCUCACCCCCACGAGCCGCCACCGACUUUUCCAUGCACGGGGCUACAGCCAUUCCUCUUCUGGACACCAACGACCUCAAAUGAUCCCGACUUCUAUAUUAGUCAUAAGUCACUUUGUAAAUAUCAUACCGCAAGCCUUACCGGAGAACCUUAGCCAACCUUCCUGAAAUAAUUGGAAUAUGUUUAGCCGAAGUAUUUAGACUCCCUUGUAUUUAGUCGAUUUGAAAUCAUUGAUUGUGGUCUGAUAUAAAUUCGGCUUUGAAUUACAAUUCAAUAAUUAUUUAA